GUUCAGCCCCAGUCGUCAAGUGCUGCUCUUGGGGGGCGAGGUUGAGAGGGAGGGUGACGCCAAGAAGGGAGAGAAAUACAUGCAUCAAUAGGUUAGGCAACAUAUUUCUCCUGCAAUCCCGUUAUAACGUUGCCUACUCUGUCAAUACGGAGGAGAUAGUGUGAAUUUAAAGAGCCAGGAGAUCUGAUGAAGAUGAAGACAGUCAGUGUGGUGAUGCUGAGCUUGCUGCUCUGCUCAGCUCUGUCGGCCCCUUUGAAAGGUAAAGAAGACUCCCAGAAGACCAUGUUCUUUGGGGAGGACUUCCAUCUGCUGCUGCCCUCCCUGGCUGCAGAGGUUUUGUUCCAGCCCAGUAAUGCCAAGGCGGGGGUUGAGGUGGUCCUGAUGCGGGGUGGGUCCGUGGUCGGUAACCGUGCCAAGCUCAACAGUCAGCUCAGUCACCUGAUCCUAGCGAACGUGGGCGAGGGGGACGAGGGGACGUACUCGGUGAAGAACAACGAACAGCCGGAAGAGGUCCGACGCAUCACACUCAUCGUCAGAGACUGUUCCAACGAGCAGAACAUUAAGUAUGGGGAGAACUACCACAUCCAGCUGGUGGGGGUGGAGGCUCCCAUCACCCUGGAGUAUAAGCCCAGUGCUGUGGAGGCCAACCUGACCUCCAGGCCGCCCCUGGUGCUGAUGACCCGAGGAGGGCUCUCCAGAGAUGGGUACCAGGGGCGCCUGAGUGUCAACGAGCACCGGAUCACCCUCAAUGCCGUGACAGGCGCCGAUGAGGGAAGCUACACCGUCAGAGACACGAACCUGAAGAUCAUGAGGAAGGUCUGCCUAAACGUCAAAGAACACCAGAACUUUGUGAAGCUGCCGUACGCUGGCACCCUGAAGAUCAACCUGAUUCUGACUGCCUCCAUGGUGCGUCUGUUCUACACGCCCGACUACGACUUAAAAACCAGACUGAUCCUGGACGGGGGAGAGUUAAAGGUGCCAGCAGACCUGGAUCUGGUGGGGCGGAUCUCUCUGGAUCCGUCUGUGGUCAUCCUGGACCAGGUCAAGGCCAGCGACGUCGGACAGUUCAAGGUCACGGACAUACUGGGGUUUCCUGUGUCCAACGUCUACCUGGAAGUGGAGGCCUACAAGCUGCCGUCCCUCUACGUGGCAAUCAUAGCACUGGUGGGCUUCCUGGUCCUCCUGCUGUUGGUGUGUCUGCUGUCCUGCCUGGUCAAGCAGAAGAAGAGGGCAGCCAAGGCUCGAGCCAUCGAGAAGAUUGCCCAAAACGCAGGCAAGGAGGACGAGGGAGAUGCCUUCAGACAGGUGGUGAAGAACAUUACUCAGUUUGAGGAGUCUAUAGCCCAGUCCAUCGACAUCACAGAGAAGUCUCAGAGCACUGAGGUGGACAUUAAAGGUCUGGAGGUGUCAUCCAAGGAGGUGGCAUGUGGUAACCUGGAGACCAGUGACUCAGGGGUGGAGUUUAACACCACUGGCCUCCCAUUGGACACUGACACUGACGUCCCCGACCAGAUUCCAGAAUCAGAGGCUGAGACUGAGAGUGUUGCCUUCGUCCCAGAAACCAAGCCAAGCCCACCCCCGGUUACCAAACCUAGCCCGGUUACCAAAAUCAACAAAAUCCCUGAACCAGCUCCUGAACCAAAGUUGACCAUAACCAAACCCGUUGAGACCAAACUCAGCCCAAUCCCAAGCCCGGUCUCCAAGCAGGCUCCAAGCCCCAUUGCCAAAACACCUGAACCAGCCAAAACUCCUGAACCGAAAAUACCUGAAUUGAAAACACCUGAACCAACCAAAACUCCUGAUUUGAAAACUCCUGAAUUGAAAACACCUGAACCAACCAAAACUCCUGAUUUGAAAACUCCUGAAUUGAAAACACCUGAACCAGCCAAAACACCUAUUGCUGUGUCUCCAAGCCUGGUGUCCCCUAAGCCAACCCCACCCCUGACCCCUGUUUCCAAACCAACUGCACCCCAACCAUCAACCCCCGAACCCGCCAAGCUGGUGACACCAACCCCGGAAUCCCAAAAGCCUGUGACACCAAUCCAGACUCCGAUCCCAACCCCAAUGCUGAGCCCUGAACCUGCUCCGACCACCAAUGGCACACCCGAACCACCAGCACCUGAAUCCAAACCUAACACUGCUCUGGCCCCAGUGGGUCUGAUCGAAAGUCCUGUCGCCAAGGCAACCCCGCCUAAAACCCCUGAGGUGGAGGUGACCGCCCCAAGUAGUCCAGCCCUUGAGGCCAAAAUGGACGCCCCAGCUGAGGAAAACAACGCCACCACCGCAACCUGAGAACAGUCCCUGCACUCCUCCAAGGGAAACCCCACAGACCCAUUAUCCUUCUCCACCACUGUAGACAGACAAUCGAACACUCCCCUUACCAAAUAAGGAAGAAAUCACUGCUACUAUCGAGGCUUCCAUUCAACACUUCUAAUGCUCGAACAUGCUGUAGGUUGUUAUGAUAGCUAACUCACCUGUACCUAACACUAACAUUAUCUUUGAGAUACUUUUUUCAAUUCACAGAUACUUUUCACAAGAUAGGAAAUAUAAGCAAGCGAGUCCAUUUUGUCAGACGUUUUAGCUGUUGUUGUUUCUUUUUUACAUUUCUAUGCUGCAUACACUUUUUUAGUGUGUAAACUAGAGCAUGACUGCCGGUCUGCCAACAAAAUCAGUUGCAGAGUUUACAAGUAAAUGUUAAACCUAGCUACUUUAGAUAUGUUUUAUUUUGAGGUGUGCAGAAUGGUUCCACACCCUUUUACAAAGAUAUAGGAACUUUAGAAUGGCAAGUGAACCGGACUCAAUCUAAUUCAACUUCAUCUAUGACCACCUACUCCAUUUGUGGAAUGAUAAAACCUUUGAUGAUGCCUGCUCUAAUCUCAGCAUGUGAAAAAACAGACCAAAACAAAAGCACGAACAGCUCAUAAAUUUGCAACGGACACUUUUUAAAUCUCAUAUGAUGAAACCAAUGACAUGAUUUAGCCCCCCCCAAGGACUUAUAAAUGUGACUAUGACAUAACGUUCUCGUCAAACUGGAUGAAUUUAAAUCAACUUUCUAUCAAACUGGACUGGAUUCCUUCCAUCUCCUUGUGACAUUCUCUAUACGUUUUCCUGAAACCUGGGAAUCCGAGGAUCUGGAAUUUUCUUGCUGGUCCUCUGCCGUCCUAUAGAAACAUCUAGAAAGCUUGAAUGAUGAAACAUCCUGAUACAAAAGGAGCAUGGCAUUAUCCCAGCAACACUAAUACCUGAAUGCUGAACUCUAACAUCAAUACCUUCUGCUAAACUAAGUCUAACUUUUGUUUAAAAUGGAUGUCUCAUGUGAUUGUGCUCCCAACUACGUGAGAGACUGUAUUGGUUAUAAGGUGUUGGCCAACUCUGACUGUCCCAGUGGAUCUCUAGAAUCAGAUUAAUCCAAGAGAAAGAGCUUGUUUUGAUCCUUGACCUCACCCCAGGACCUGAAGACCCCAAGGACACACCUCAGCACUUUAAGCAAUCCCCAGUAAAUCUUGGGAAAUGUAGUGCUGAUUGUUAUUCUGCUGACUACAACUAUGAGAGUGGGAGAGGGAGAAGAGGAGGGGUCUGGUGAGUGAUGUCAUUGGCUUAGUCCUAACGUUUUAAAAAAGAAUCCUCCCUCCUCUAUGUUCACUUCUGUCCUUCCUUCUGUCCUUCCUUCCUUCUGUACUCCCUCUUUUCCUUCCUCUCUUGCUUGCAGCAGGUGGUGAAGUACAGUAUUAUGGCAUGGUUUCAUCUGGCCGAUAGAUGUAGUUUUACUGUAGGUCCUGCCCUCUUGACUUCUCAUUUAUAGCUUAUGGGUCAGCCUUUAUACCCCAUGAUGACUUAUAAAAGUACAGUAUGAAAGUAUAGUCUUCCCUGAGAUAAUAGAACAGACACAUGUCAGACUAUUCCUUGCCUACACACAUCUACAUGCAUUACAGUCGUCUAUGAACUACAUACUGGAGGCCAACUGUAGAUGUACUCCACGGCUCUGAUGCCUAGUAUGUUGAUCUCACAGUACAGUAGACAUGUAGUUCUGGUUAUUUGCUCCAGCCUAAAACAGACACUUCACAAAUUAACCCACUAGCACCCAUCCACAGCACUGGAUAUGGGUGAUAUGGGUUGAUGUGUUCUAAUAGCCUACCCUAUUGCCAUUGGUCUCUCUGACUGCCCUAAAAAGGUCCUGCGAGAACUUCACUAACUAUUAACUCACUGUACCACCAUCUCCAGGACUGUGCCAUGACACCAUCUGUCUUUAGUUGCUUGAAGCUAUGUUACUCUAGCCUAGAUUUACAGUGCAAUAAGACUUCGCUGGUGGUUAAAACUCCUGUAGCCGCUAUGUGUUACAGGAGGAGGUGUGCAGAUACAUUUUGCUUAACAAAAGACAUCUCUACCUCAGUGUUUUAACUGACCGCCGUGACAAACACCAUGAAUGGUACAUUGAGUUCAGUGGACUACAUCUAAAAGCAUUUAGGAUUUUUAAGAGAAGCACAAAUAGGAGCCGUGUUAAAUUAACCAACCCAUCAAUCAGUUGUUGGAACACAUAGAAAGUACAUUCAACUUCAAACGAUGGCCUUUCUCUUUCUAAACACUUCCACAAUUCUAAGACGUUUUUUAAUGCUAAAAUGAAUAUGAGAAUAAAAUGAAAGUUAAAAGCCAUAUGGUAAGAUAGUGAUAUAGAUGUUAUGAUUAGUACAGUAUAUGAAUCAUGAUGAAUACAGUAUGAAUACUUUAGUGUUUGAGGUGCCUAAAUUCUUUGCUAUAUUGUCAAUCAACUGAUGUAAGUGAUAAAAGGUCAAUGAUUAUGUAAAAUUAUACCACUGAAGAGAUUUGGCCCCACUCUCAAUCUCAAUCACGAUCUCAAUCACGAUCUCAAUCUCGAUCGCAUUGCUCGUCAAGCUCUGUUGUGUGGAGCCAUAACACCCAUUUAGGCAAUACUAAAAGCAGUGUUUAGCUGUUUCUGCACACACACACACACACACACACACACAAACACUCCCUUAUGACGCUGCUGACGAGGUUCAGCAUUGUAAAUAUUGCAUGUGUAAUGUUUUAAAAGUCUCCUCUCAAAGGUUGAAUGUGUUUAGUGUAUAGAAUGGCCGUUGUAUUAUACUUGAUGAUAUAAAAAAGCUAAUCUAAUUUCUCACCUGUGCAAAGCCUACAUGCUGAUUAUUGAAUAUACUGUACACACACACACUAAUCUUCACUAACUUCUAAAAUACUAACUUGAACAACUGAAAAUGGUAAACACAACUGAAUAAGUGCAUAUUUUUCCGCAUCACAGAUCUUCAAAUAGAUCUCUAAAAUAUUUUGAUUGGAUUAACUUUUAUUAGUACUAUUUCAACCCUAUGAUGAUAACACUCACAGUAUAACACCCUUACAUAACUUAUAUAUAUAUAUUAAAAAAAUACAGAAUGAUCUAUGUCACUUUAAAGAUAAAGAUGUUUAUUGCAGCAUGUCCACAUGAUCCACCUCAAAGACAGUAUUAUUAUUCAUAUUUUUCUGCUUUUAUAAAAGCUGUCUGUGUGUAUGUGUGUGUGUGUGUGUGUGUGUGUGUGUGUGUGUGUGUGUGUGUGUGUGUGUGUGUGUGUGUGUGUGUGUGUGUGUGUGUGUGUGUGUGUGUGUGUGGAGGAUUGAUCAGUCAUAGUGUUAUCUUCAUCCUAACGUGUGUGUGUGUGGAGGUUUGAUCAGUCAUAGUGUUAUCUUCAUCCUAACGUGUGUGUGUGUGUGUGUGUGUGUGUGUGUGUGUGUGUGUGUGUGUGUGUGUGUGUGUGUGGAGGAUUGAUCAGUCAUAGUGUUAUCUUCAUCCUAACGUGUGUGUGUGUGUAGGUUUGAUCAGUCAUAGUGUUAUCUUCAUCCUAAUGUGUCUGUGUCUGUGUGUGUGUGGAGGAUUGAUCAGUCAUAGUGUUAUCUUCAUCCUAAUGUGUCUGUGUGUGUGUGGAGGAUUGAUCAGUCAUAGUGUUAUCUUCAUCCUAACGUGUGUGUGUGUGUAGGUUUGAUCAGUCAUAGUGUUAUCUUCAUCCUAACGUGUGUGUGUGUGUGUGUGUGUGUGUGUGUGUGUGUGUGUGUUUGGAGGAUUGAUCAGUCAUAGUGUUAUCUUCAUCCUAACGUGUGUGUGUGUGUGUGUCUGUGUCUGUGUGUGUUUGGAGGAUUGAUCAGUCAUAGUGUUAUCUUCAUCCUAACGUGUGUGUGUGUGUAGGUUUGAUCAGUCAUAGUGUUAUCUUCAUCCUAAUGUGUCUGUGUCUGUGUGUGUGUGGAGGAUUGAUCAGUCAUAGUGUUAUCUUCAUCCUAAUGUGUCUGUGUGUGUGUGGAGGAUUGAUCAGUCAUAGUGUUAUCUUCAUCCUAACGUGUGUGUGUGUGUAGGUUUGAUCAGUCAUAGUGUUAUCUUCAUCCUAACGUGUGUGUGUGUGUGUGUGUGUGUGUGUGUGUGUGUUUGGAGGAUUGAUCAGUCAUAGUGUUAUCUUCAUCCUAACGUGUGUGUGUGUGUGUGUCUGUGUCUGUGUGUGUUUGGAGGAUUGAUCAGUCAUAGUGUUAUCUUCAUCCUAACGUGUGUGUGUGUGUGCGUGUGUGAUCGUACCUGAGUGAGUGUGUUGUGCGUGCCCGUGUUGUGUGCGUGUGACACAUCAUUUUGUAUCUGUGUCUAGGUAUAACCCUCUAGCCUAUGUGUGUGCAAUGAGAAAAGAAAAUCACAAUUUCAGCUGUAUGUCGACGUCACAUAUCCAUGCUUAGAAAUGAUUGUCCUCAAUGAUCUGCUUAUCAUCUAACAUUUGUUUAGAAAACUCUCUGUGUUUGUCCAGACUCAGUAUGUGGUUAACAUCACACAAACCUGCACCUCUGAGGUGCUCUACACGGGAUGACUCUCAUCUUUGAUUUAGUGCCUCAAAUAUGAAAUCAAAUAUUCAAUGGCUAGUCAGCCUAUAUUCUAUAAAUACACUCCAAGAGGCACCGUUUGGUUUAUAUGAUGUAGGUCUCAGACUAAACAGAGGUAAAGUACUAUGUGCAGACCUGACUACCUUAUAGGUCUACUGUACUGUAUAUAAAGACACAACACAGUCAGGAGAUACAGAAAAUUAUAGUCAGGACAGGAAGUGUUUCAUAUAAAGCACUCAGACACUCAGUCAUGAUUGGAAGAGUGAUAAAUGACCUAGUUGCUUGGUAUUUGGUUAUCAGGGUUUAUUUGAAUGUGCAUUAGCAUGAGAUGAAUAACAUAUUGAAGUGUAUUGUGUAACUUGGUGAGACAGUAACUGUUGUACAACUUGGGAAUUCAGUGGCACUGUUUGUAUGUAAACAGCAGGUUGAAUUCAAAAUGGAUGCCAAAGCCUCAAACAGUAUUUGAGAUCUAGCCCUCCUGAAGUGGAACUGAGAUGUUGAGAUGUGCAUGUGGAUGAAUUUGACAUGUUUUAUACCACUACUGUAUUAUAGCGCUUCGCAAAAGAGGGGGUAAUGUAACAAACCCACCUCCUAGUGAGUCAACUCUAUUUGGAAUGGUUGGUUAGUGUCUGGGUCUUGGGACCAGAAGGUUGUGGGUUCAAUUCCCCCCCUGGCUGGGACAGACCCCCUCAAAUUCACUCCAGUGUUCUCAUUGGCAUUCCUUGCACUAUGUGAGUGAUCUCUCUCUGCCCUGAUUCUGAUUCUGUCUGUUUACUCCUUCUGCUGUGAUGGAGUGUGUAGCACUCUGUAGUCUGUUGAUCUCCCUCCUCCCUUUUUUCACAACACGACACACAGGCGUUUUGGAAAGGUGUUAUUUUCUUUAUUUCAUGUCUAAAAAAACAUAACGAAGAAUAAACAAAAGAUUAUGAGAAAAAUA